CUUCAUGUGGUCCUUCGAGAAGAUCCACAGGAGCAUUGCACACAUCUUCCAGGGGGAGCUGGUGGCCAGCUUCGACGAGGAGUUCCGCAUCCUGUUCGCGCAGUCGGAGCCGCUUGUCCCUCCGGCCAACGUCCUGGCUAAGGCAGAGAACGCCUUUGCCAUGGCUCCCUUUGGCAACAACAACAUGUCCUUCUUUCCCAAGAAAGGGCCCCUGAUGUUCCAGAGGGAUGACAACCUCUUCCCCUCCUUCAUGGACAGAAUGGAGCCGGACAGGUACUUUCUCUCCAACUUCCGGCGGGACGACCUGCUGCGGCACACCGUGGAGGGCUCGGCCAUGCGCAUGUACAAAAAGGUGGAGCUGGAGAACUCCCAGAUAGAUCCUGUCAGGGGCUUCCUGCGCUCCAAGCAGCUGGAGUUGGAUGCCUUUAAGAGACACAGCUUUGCGGAGGGAACGUUCGAGAACUUUGCCUCUUCCAAACAGUACGCGCGGCAGAUGUUCAUGAACAACAUGGACGAGUUCAAAAUCCAAGCCAGUCACUUCCAGAAGGACCAGUUCUACCAGUACCAGUUUGAGCACCCCCACCUGGCCGGCAGACCCCAGGGGUUCUUUGACAGGAUCCGAGGGGGGAGACCAGGAUUCAACGAACUGGAAGACUACGGGGAGGGCCCUCGAUACCCCGAGCUGGAACCCAGUUUCCCACAGGAGGGGUUCCCGCUGCGGCUGGAUUACGUCCCCUCCAACUCCUCCAGGGAGGUGAGACACGGCUCGGACCAGCUGAACCCUGCGGGGAACGGCCCCAUGGGCAUGAUGCUGCGGAGGCAGAACAUAGGCCAGAAGUUCAUUUGCCAGACCUCUCCCACACAGAAGCAGAGCCUGGAGCAGCGCCUGUUCCUGCAAGACAAGGAUGAGGAGCAGGACGACGACAAGAGCGCGGAGAACAGGACGGGGCUGAGGAACUGGAGGAUUUCCUCGUACCUCAGCGCGUACCAGUCGGAGCCGGACGAGGGGCUCCCGAUGCCCAUGGAGUCCGAGGCCUACAACGAUGCCAUUGGGGAGCCGCUCACCAAGCAUCCCACCGACCUCGUUCCAGGCUUCAAAUCCCCCUUGGCUUUCAGCAGCAAGCCACUGGGAAUUGACAGUGCCAAGGAGUUUUCAGAUUCUGACAGAGCAGGUGAAGAAACCUCGAUAAUGAAACCAGAUGCCUUCAGGUCCAGGAUAAACCCCUUGAUCCAGAGGAGCUCCAGGCUCAGGUCCUCUCUGAUUUUCAGCGCUGCCAAAUUAGAUCAGCCCAACACCACCAUAGAGAAGGUGCAGAUGAUCCAGAAAGAGCAAAUGUCCACUGAGCUGACAAAGGACAACGAGACCAUCAAGACAGCUGCGUCCUCCAAAGUGGCUGAGCUGCUGGAGAAGUACAAAGCUGUGGGCAAGGACAUGGAUCGGGGCACGGUCACCCACACCAAAGCUGUCUCAGGUUACCUCCAGGAGGAAUCCCAGAGCACGGAGAAGAAAAGUACCAAGUCUGUGCAGUAUAAGAUCCUGGAGAGCAGAGUGAUGGACUCCAAAGACUCCUGCAGCACUUACAAAAUGCAUGGAGACCUGGACAGGGCGUUUGGAAUGGCCUCGGCCACCCCCCAGCUUGGGGAGGGGCUGAGCAAAGAUCCCUUGGCACAUCUCGGCACUAAGGUGGACAAGUUGUCCUCUCGGUUUUACCCCAUCGAGAGCAAACCUGCUCUUCCAGAAAAAGAGAGUCUGAUAUAUGUAGGAGACACUCAGAAAUUGGCUCUUCCAGAGAAGAAGGACAGAGUGACCUUCAGAGAAGACACUCAAAAAUUAGCCAACACAGAACUGAAGAAGCCACAGGGUAGGACAGGUACAAUGUCCUCCGGUCUGGAAAGCUUGUCCAGGAGUCAAGGGUCUGACAGCUCUCUGAACAAAUCCGAGGAAGACUGUUCAAAACAGGAACAAAAUCCCAUGGAAUUCUUAAGGAAAGGGUCACUAAGGCUGAAGCAGUUCUUGAACCCAAAAGGUGACAAGAAACUGGAGGAGGAACCCACGUCUGAGGGUGGGAAGGGUGAGAAACAGACAGUGGUGCUCAAACGAUCGUCCACAGGGGACUGCCAGGAAGGGAUGGAGGAAGAGAAACCCCACAAGUUCACAGCUCCACUGCCCCCCAAGAGCAGCCAACAGACCCAGGGGAGGUUCCCUUCCUCCACAGCCAACAUCCUGUACAGCAGCAACCUGCGCGACGACACCAAGGUGAUCCUGGAGCAGAUCUCUGCCAACAGCCAGAAGAACAGAGCCGAGCUGGCCAAGCAGCUGCCAUCCACCAGCAACCCUGACCUCUCCAGGUCAACCACGAGCCUGGAGAGGAAAGGGGAGAAGGAGAAGAGCUGCAACAUCCACAGGUCAGAGAGCUUUGGGAGCCAGAAGCGGAACCUGCAGCGGCAGCCAUCGGAGGACAGGGACACCCUCCUGAAGAAGAUGGAGAACAUGAGGAAAGAGAAGAGAGUCUACAGCAGGUUUGAGGUGUUCUGCAAGAAGGACGAGCACAUGAGUCCGAGUGAGGAGGAAUAUGACACAGAUGCCAAAGACAAGAAGAUGGGAAAGUUCAUGCCCAAAAUCCUGGGGACCUUCAAGACCAAAAAAUGA